GAGCCACGCAACUCAAACUCUUUAGUAAGAAUACUUUAAAACAAUGUCCUCUUCUUCAGACAAGUGUGUGUUGUUCCCAUGUCUCUUCUUUGCUUGCCUUCUGUUCACAGUUUCAGAGAAACACGUAGCUGGGGAAGAAUCCGACAAAGUGAAGGUCAAUCUUUACUACGAAUCACUCUGUCCGGCAUGUCAGGAGUUCAUCGUCAACUAUCUGGUCAGAAUCUUUUACACUGAUCUCGGCACAAUCACUGAUCUCAAGCUCGUUCCAUUUGGUAACGCCAAAGUAUCCGAUAAUCUGACCAUCACUUGCCAGCAUGGUGAAGAGGAAUGCAAACUAAACGCUAUUGAAGCUUGCGUCAUAAGAACUUUCCCUGAUCCGAAAACGCAGUACAUGUUCAUAAGGUGCGUUGAAAAGAACACGACAAACUGGGAAUCAUGUUUAACGAACUCGAAGACAAAAAAGGCCAUCAAUGAUUGUUACAACAGUGAUCUCUCUAAAACGCUCAUACUCGAGUAUGCAAACAUGACUUUCAGUUUGAAACCGCAACAUAAAUACGUACCAUGGGUCACAAUCAACACCAAACCACUCGACCCAGAAAGUCCUGAUGAUUUUGUGGCCCAAAUUUGCAAAGCGUACAAAGGAAAGGCUGCUCUCCCAAAAAGCUGCACUUCCUCUGUUUUGUCUAAGUCGCUUGAGAGCGAAGUGUCGAAGCUUCAAGUCUCAUAUGCCGAUGAAGCUUGGAAUUAACUAUAUCAAAACAUAUUAUUGAAUUAUGAUGCAUGGAUUCAAGCUUAUGUUACUGGAAUAUAAUAA